AUGCACACUAUGGAUGUUCGUGUAAUCGCUGGAGACGGCAGUUUUCUGCAUUUUAUUAACGACGGACACGCCUCCUCAGUUGCCUUGCGUCCCCACGGAACAUCAUGCGAGUAGGAGCAACGCACCCAAUGCCAUGCUGAGCAACUCCCCGACUUUUCUGCUGGCUCUGACCACGGUAGGUGGACUACUCCAGCGGUGCCACGGCUGGAGCGACGAGGACCUCCUGUUACCCCCCAUCAACUCCACCAACAGAUUCUUGGCCAACUUGGAGGUGGACGUGCACUACUUGAAGAGAUCCGUGGAGGAGAGCGAAGCCUCCUCGUCAGACACUUCGUUACAGCCGUUGCCACAGUGCAACGUCAGCGUGCAGAGACUUUUCCCCACCUCGCUAGUGGCUCGUUGGGACAGCAACUUCGGUUUCCAGUGCGAUGUGUUUAUAUAUACCGCCAAUAACCAUGGAAGGGCUUUUUUCUCUGCUGCUAUCAACAGAGCCAUCUCACCUGUUCUCAUCGAACACCUCGGAGUCACCGGCGGCCAGCAGGAGUUUAGACUGUGUGUUGGAUGUGGCAUGUCUCGAUACCGGCGUUUCGGCAAGUCAAAGGCUCAGCAGACGGGGGAUCCCAUCAAUUUCUGCUGUGUUGACUUCAGCCUUGACGAACUAAAUGGGGACAAAAGUUGGAGAUUGAACCGUAAACCCAUCGAGUCAACGAUAGUGGCUUGUUUCAUGACUCUAGUGAUAAUAGUGUGGAGUGUUGCUGCCCUCAUAUGGCCAGUGCCUAUUAUUGCAGGAUUUCUGCCCAACGGAAUGGAACAGAGAAGGCCGAGAUAAAGAAUUCUGGAGAUAAGCCCCCAAGCCAAGAGGCAAAAAAUACUAUAGAAUACAUAUUUCAACGUUUUUUACACAUUCUACCCGUAUGAAAGAAUGUCCGUUUCCCAAUUUUACCGUUUAGAAUGAAAGAGUGCUUUUUGGUUUUGGUCUAUUUCCUAUUUAUAGGCCUUCAUGGUAAGAAGACCAAUAGUUUUAAAGGUGGGCUGUGUUAUUGUAUUACAUUGGCUAUAGAAUAGGUGCAUAUGUAGAGUGUGUUAACAACAUUUCACUGUAAACAGUGUUUGUAUGGUUUUACAUAUUUCUAGGAUUAUUGUGGUGUUGUGGUGCCUGAAGAAUAGGUAUACUCUUAAUUUUGGCAAAAAAUGUCCCAAACGGCCUGCCCGGCGAAGGAAAGGUGCUCUGUGUGAAAAAUUCUAUGAGAAACAGUGACAUUCAUUCUGUAUUACCUAAAAUGAUAAAUCCCAUAAUGGUCUUUCACAGUCAGGCCAACCCAAGCUGUACUGUGCAAGGAGGCUAAUUGUAGGUGUACUAUUGAAACAGAUAAAUUAGGCUGUCAACUAAAUCAGAAGUUCAAAGGUUUCAGAUGUAUUUUUUUCCGAUUUUCACUCUCAAAAUCACACUUUGUUUUAUAGAAAAACAACACAAUUGGAUGUUCUAAGUCCAUAAAAAUGCUUAAACUACAUCAGGAGACCACUUUUGAAGUCUGGGAAAAAUCUAAGAUAAAACCAUUUUUGUGUAGUUCAAAUCAAAGUUUAUUUGUCACGUGCGCCGAAUACAACAGGUGUAGACCUUACAGUGAAAUGCUUACUUACAGACUCUAACUAAUAGUGCGAAAGAAAAAGGUGUAUGUGUGUGUGUGUGUGUAGGUAAGUAAAGAACUAAAACAACAGUAAAAAGACAUUUGAAAAUAACAGUAGCAAGGCUAUAUACAGACACCGGUUAGUCAGGCUUAUUGAGGUAGUAUGUACAUGUAGGUAUGGUUAAAGUGACUAUGCAUAAAUGAUGAACAGAGAGUAGCAGUAGCAUAAAAGAGGGGUUGGCUGGUGGUGGGACACAAUGCAGAUAGCCCGGUUAGUCAAUGUCCGGGGGUACUGGUUGGUCGGGCCAAUUGAGGUAGUAUGUACAUGAGUGUAUAGUUAAAGUGACUAUGCAUAUAAGAUAAACAGAGAGUAGCAGCAGCGUAAAAGAGGGGUUACUCUUUAAUUUAAGUGUGCAGGCACCUAGCACUAUUGUUUUUUUAGUGGUGUUUGUGUAGCACAUGAGAUGGAGUUUGCAAGACAAAUGUCCACUGGAUUAAUGCAAAUAAUCAUAUCAUUCUGCCAGGUAGGCGUAGGCUACUUUGUAGCUAGUUAACAUUUAAUAGACAAGGUUUUUGGGAAAGCCUUUCCAUCUACCAGAAGACAGUUAGGCCUAUCAUUAGCAUCGCUAUAAUUUUCCUGUUCCUUAAUUGUUUGAAACUUGGACAUUUUACUUUAUAUUAUGAGGCAUGUCUUACCAUUGCAUAGAAACAUGGAGGUAAUAUGCGUUCUCCUGUUCUACUGGAUUUCGUUCAACUUUAUUUCUUUGUCUAGCAGCCAAAUGCAUUAUCCUAUUCAUAUUAGCAACUGAUGAAGGUUGUUGCAUCUUUAGAUCUCCCUCAUAUCUAAUUUUCUUAUGGAUAUUUUAAUCUCCAUCCAUCAAACCUCUCACAUAUGCUGUGCACAUUUUAGAGUGGUGUUUUCUUGCUAAUUGCAUUUUGGAACAUUCCCAUGUAGGCCUACCGCCGUGUGCCCAUUGCUGCAUCUAAAAUGUGAAGAAAUAAUAGAUUAUCAACAUUUAAGCUAAACAUUAAGAAAUAUACGCAUGCCCACUGAAAAAUAAGUGGGUAUACGGUGUAAACCUGCGCAUACCCUCCACUACACACACCACUGAGGCCUGCUAUUUGUUGUGUUUAUGUAGAGAGAAAUUGCAGUUUUUCUCAUGAACUUGAGUUUAAAAGUGUGUUGUAAUACAUGGUGGAUAGAUCUUGUCAAGAAUAAAUGCAUAAAUGUCAUAGGCCUACCUGAAUUUAUUUUGGAUGUUGUAUCAAAUAUUUUGAUGUAUUGGCAACCCCUCUCUGAUAUGGUUUAAUAUUAUUUAUGUUAGAUUUAUAUAUAUAACACAAUUAAAAAUAAGCUGAUAACAUAUUUGUAUUUAUUUGUAUGAGAUAACAUGAAUUAAUAAAUAAAAUGUAUUUGUUUAAUAUG